GUCGACACGUACGUGCUUACUGUGCAUGCAAUCACGCGCCAACACGAUGCUCCACCACCGAGUCCCAGGUGACACCGCUCCUUGACCCCGACCUCUCUCUGCAGCUGGACCUGCGCGCGCGAACGCCAAUCAACCCUCUACCUCAUAUAUGGGCCCGCUGAUCCCGCUACCUUAACUUGCUAUAUUUUCACAGGCACCACACACUAGAGAGAGAACGAGAGCGCGCCAUUUAUGGGUCAGGACGCCGUGGCAGCGAACGGCACCGCCGGCGGCGGCCGGCGCCGCGCAAGGCCGCACGCCGUGGUGAUGCCGUACCCGCUGCAGGGCCACGUCAUCCCGGCGGUGCACCUGGCGCUGCGGCUGGCGGAGCGCGGGUUCGCGGUCACCUUCGUCAACACGGAGUCCGUGCACCACCAGAUCGGCGCCGGCGGCGACAUCUUCGCCGCCGUGCGGGCGGGAGGAGGAGGAGCUACGACGACGACGACGGAGCUGGACGUGCGGUACGAGCUGGUGAGCGACGGCUUCCCGCUGGGCUUCGACCGCUCGCUGAACCACGACCAGUUCAUGGAGGGCAUCCUGCACGUGCUCCCGGCCCACGUCGAGGAGCUCCUCCGCCGCGUCGUCGUCGACCCGCCCACCACGUGCCUCGUCAUCGACACCUUCUUCGUGUGGCCGGCCACGCUGGCACGGAAGCUGGGCGUCCCCUACGUGUCCUUCUGGACGGAGCCCGCGCUCAUCUUCAACCUCUACUACCACAUGGACCUGCUCACCAAGCACGGCCACUUCAAAUGCAAAGAGCCUCGCAAGGACACGAUCACCUACAUCCCUGGCGUGGCGUCCAUCGAGCCGAGCGAGCUCAUGUCGUACCUGCAGGAGACGGACACCACCUCCGUGGUGCACCGCAUCAUCUUCAAGGCGUUCGACGAGGCCCGCGACGCCGAUUACGUCCUCUGCAACACCGUGGAGGAGCUGGAGCCGUCCACCAUCGCCGCGCUCCGCGCCGACAGGCCCUUCUACGCCGUGGGCCCCAUCUUCCCGGCGGGGUUCGCGCGCAGCGCCGUGGCUACGUCCAUGUGGGCCGAGUCCGACUGCUCCCGGUGGCUGGACGCGCAGCCGCCCGGCUCCGUGCUCUACAUCUCCUUCGGCAGCUACGCGCACGUCACCAAGCAGGAGCUGCACGAGAUCGCCGGCGGCGUGCUGGCCAGCGGCGCCCGCUUCCUGUGGGUGAUGCGCCCGGACAUCGUCAGCUCCGACGACCCGGACCCGCUGCCCGAGGGGUUCGCCGACGCCGCGGCCGGGCGGGGGCUCGUGGUCCAGUGGUGCUGCCAGGUGGAGGUGCUCUCCCACGCCGCCGUCGGCGGCUUCCUCACCCACUGCGGCUGGAACUCCAUCCUGGAGAGCGUGUGGGCGGGCGUGCCCAUGCUGUGCUUCCCGCUGCUCACGGACCAGAUCACCAACCGCCGCCUCGUCGCGCGGGAGUGGCGCGCCGGCGUGUCCAUCGGGGACCGCGGCGCGGUGCGCGCAGACGAGGUGAGGGCACGGAUCGAGGGGCUCAUGGGCGGGGAAGACGGCGUCAUGCUCAGGGAGCAGGUGAAGAAGCUGAGGGGCACACUCGAGGCUGCCGUGGCGCCCGGUGGCUCGUCGCGGCGCAGCUUCGACGAGUUCGUCGACGAGCUCAAGCGCAGGUGCGGAGGCAGCCACUGAUCCGCGCAGUUUCUCGGCGAGCUCAAGCGCCGGUGCUGAUGAGGCAGCCACUGAUCCGAAGCUCGCGGACAGGAGCUUGAGGUGGGCCUCAGAAAGUCAGAAUACGUGUGCGAUGUAGGCCUUGUAUCGUAGCGUCAGCUUGUACCGUUUUGUAUUGUAAACUGGCUUCAUCAUCGAAGCGUGUACGGAGUAUGUAUGCUGUGUACGGAGUACGGUGGGGUAUUACUGUUGUGCAGGUUUGAUGUGAUGUCUACCUAGUACAUAGGUCUUGUUUAGUUGGUAAAAAUUUUCAAGAUUUCCGGUCA